UUCAUACUGAUAGUAGUGCUCCUAAUAGUAUAUAACAUUAUUAUUCCUCAGCACAAUCCCAAGGCAGGUGGAUCCCGUGAGAUUCCGUCUGAGUUACCAGCAUGUCUAAAGCUUUGGAUUCAUAUUGUGGCUCUAUUUUCUGGAAUUCGUCGGUCUUGGACAGUGCAGAACCUGACCUUCCCCUGUGCUUUGAACAGACUGUUUUGGUUUGGAUUCCUCUUAUCUUUUUUUGGCUUUGCGCCCCAUGGCAGCUUAUUCGCUUGUGUAAACCAGGGGUGGUUAAAUCCCGUAUAACAAGUCUCUAUCUAACAAAGCAGUGCCUUACAUUGCUCCUCUUCUUCACAUCAAUAGCUGGGAUAGGAAUUACUGUGGCGGAACAUGUUAAAGCCCAGUCCAACUCUACUGAACCCCUCCCUGCCGUCCUCUAUGUCAAUCCAGCAAUCUAUGCAGCUACCUGGUUGCUAGUUUUGCUCAUUCAUCACACCAGGCGUUAUUACGCUCGCAAAGAUACCGGCAUCCUUUUUAUCUUUUGGACUUUAAGUGUCAUUUGUGGAGUUUUCCCAUUUCAGACUUUCAUCCGGAAAGCACUAAAGGAUGAUAUUCCUGAUCUUCCACGGGUCUGUUUGUUUUUCAUCUCCUAUUCUCUGCAAAUUCUUACAUUGAUCAUCUCUGCCAUUUCAGAAAAAAAUGAAAGUACCAAAGAGAAUCCAGAGCUGACAGCCUCUUUCCUAAGCAGAAUAACCUUCAACUGGUACAACAGCAUUGUUGUCAAAGGAUAUAAAAAGCCACUAGAGAUGGAAGAUCUGUGGGAGUUAAAUGAGGAAGACAAAACUAAAAAUAUGUAUGAAAUAUUUGAAAAGCAUAUGAAACAUGAUGUGAGAAAAGCAAAGAAGGAUCUGGAAAAGCGUAAAAACAAAAGAAAACAGAAGGAGUCUGGAAUUGAAAUGAAUGGAAUUAGCAAGGCACAGAGCCAAGACAUCCUUGUAAUGGAAGAAAAGAAGAAGGAAAAGAAGAAGAAGGAAAAAUCCAUAGAUGGAACUGCUAAAGAUUAUCCCAAACGCUGGUUAAUUAAAACACUCAUAAAAACCUUCCCAAGUACUUUAUUAACGUCGGCUAUCUUUAAGCUUCUGCAUGAUUUGCUGGCGUUUGUCAGCCCACAGAUUUUAAAGGUAAUGGUGACUUUCACGGCUGAUCCUUCUCAGCACCAGUGGCAAGGAUUUUUCUAUGCAGUGUUGCUGUUAGUAACUGCAUUGCUACAGUCCUUCUUGCUUCAGCAAUAUUUUCAUGGCUGCUUUGUUCUGGGAAUGAGAGUGAGAAGCCUUCUAAUGGCGGCAGUAUAUAAGAAAGCGUUAACUGUAUCAAACGCCAUUCGGAAAGAGUCAACAGUUGGGGAGACUGUGAACUUGAUGUCUGCGGAUGCCCAGAGAUUCAUGGACUUGACAAACUUCAUUCACUUACUGUGGUCUUCCCCGCUGCAGAUUGCUAUUUCUAUAGUCUUUCUCUGGGAAGAAUUAGGUCCUUCAGUUCUUGCUGGACUUGGAGUGAUGAUCUUGUUGAUUCCCAUCAAUGCAGUGUUAGCGACAGUAUCAAGGAAACUACAGAUGAAGAACAUGAAAAACAAAGAUAAGCGGAUGAAAAUAAUGAAUGAAAUACUUAAUGGUAUUAAGAUUCUAAAGCUGUAUGCCUGGGAGCCUUCUUUUGAGAACCAAGUGCAAGAAAUUCGGGAGAAGGAGCUGAAAGACAUGUUACAUUUUACUUACCUGCACUCAGUGUCUCUGUUUGUUUUCACCUGUGCACCAUUCUUGGUCUCAGUUGCAACUUUUGCUGUCUAUGUUGCAGUGGAUCCAAGCAAUGUUCUCAAUGCAGAAAAAGCUUUUACUUCUAUAUCCCUGUUUAAUAUCCUACGUUUUCCUCUUGCCAUGCUUCCAAUGCUUAUUUCCAGUAUGGUGCAGACAAGUGUAUCAAGUGCCCGUCUGGAGAAAUAUUUGGGAGGGGAUAACCUGGAUACCUCAGCUAUUCGUUGUGAUCCAAAUAUUGAUGCUGCUGUUCAGUUUUCUGAUGCUACAUUUUCUUGGGAAGAAGAUGCAAACCCUGCAGUCAACAAUGUGAAUCUGGACAUCAAAGAAGGCAAUCUGGUAGCAGUAGUUGGUGGGGUAGGGUCAGGUAAAUCAUCGCUUGUUUCUGCAAUGCUUGGAGAAAUGGACCAUGUCGGUGGAUACAUCAACAUCAAGGGUUCCAUCGCUUAUGUUCCCCAGCAAGCAUGGAUCCAGAACGCCACACUAAAAAACAACAUUCUUUUUGGAUCCAAGAUGGAUGAAGAACGAUACCAAAAGGUUUUAGAAGCAUGCGCCCUUCUUCCAGAUUUAGAAAUGCUUCCGGGACAUGAUGAGUCUGAAAUAGGAGAAAAGGGCAUAAACCUAAGUGGUGGCCAGAAGCAGCGCGUCAGUUUAGCCAGGGCUGUGUACAAUGAUGCAGACAUAUAUAUCCUUGAUGACCCUCUCUCUGCUGUUGAUGCUCAUGUUGGGAAGCAUAUAUUUGAAAAAGUGGUGGGACCCAAUGGAUUACUAAAAAAUAAGACUCGGAUCUUAGUCACGCAUGGGGUUAGCUUCCUAAAGCAUGCUGACGAUAUAGUGGUCCUUGUGAAUAGCAGAGUCACUGAGACUGGAUCCUACAAAACCUUACAGGCAAACAACGGUGCCUUUGCAGAGUUUCUUAGGCUGUAUGCAAAGCAGAAUGAUCAGACAGACAAUGAAGCCACAGUUUUUACUGGUGAAGAUGAUGAAGAUGAUGGUGAUCAGGUUGAGACUGCUGAGGUUAUUGAAGACAUUGUGGCAUCAACAGUAAAGAGGGAAAACAGCAUGCGUCAGAGGAAAAGGAGCAGUGUGAGCAUGAACGGCACCCUAAGAAGGUCAGUGAAAGAUGUUACAAAGAAAAAGACUGGAAUCGGGUCAAAUGACACAAAAGGACAGAAGCUUAUUGAAAAGGAAACAGUUGAAACAGGAAAGGUUAAGUUCAAGUUGUACUUGAAAUACUUGCGCGCUGUAGGAUGGGGGUUCAGCUUCUGGAUAUUUGUGAGCUAUAUUCUCCAGAACGCAGCCUUUGUGGGACAAAAUAUAUGGCUGAGCGACUGGACUGGAGAUGCAGAAAAAUAUUACAACAUAACAUACCCUGCAUCACAGAGAGACAUGAGGGUUGGCGUGUUCGGAGCUCUAGGAGUGGCACAAGCUCUCUUUGUGCUUCUGGGUGCGUUUCUUGUUUCGGGGGGAGCUGUCCGGGCUUCCAGAAUGCUUCAUACACAACUUCUGCACAACAUCCUACGGGUCCCUAUGCGUUUCUUUGAUACUACACCAACAGGGCGCAUUGUUAACAGGUUUGCAAAGGAUAUCCUAACUGUGGAUGAGACCAUCCCAAUGUCAUUCCGCAGCUGGAUCGCAUGCUUUCUGGGAGUUAUUGGAACCCUAUUCAUCAUAUGUUUGGCUACUCCCAUCUUCGCUGCUGUCAUUGUGCCACUUGCAAUCUUCUAUUACUUUGUUCAGAGAUUCUAUGUCACCACCUCCCGCCAGCUGAGACGUCUGGAUUCUGUCACAAGGUCUCCCAUCUACUCCCAUUUUGGGGAGACUGUCUCUGGACUGUCUGUAAUCCGAGCUUAUGGACAUCAAGAUAGGUUUCUGCAGCACAAUGAAGAUACCAUCGAUAAUAAUCAGAAAAGUGUAUAUUCUUGGAUUGUCUCCAACAGGUGGUUGGCUAUUCGUCUGGAAUUCGUAGGAAACCUUACAGUCUUCUUUGCGGCCCUUUUCGCUGUGCUGGGACGAGGGACUGUGGAUAGUGGAACCGUAGGGCUUUCCAUUUCUUCCGCUCUCAAUAUCACUCAAACCCUCAACUGGUUAGUGAGGAUGACGUCUGAGCUAGAAACCAACAUAGUUGCGGUGGAGCGAGUAGAUGAGUAUAUAAAGGUGGAGAGAGAGGCACAGUGGGUAGAAGACCAUCGCCCACCAAAAGACUGGCCAGAGAAAGGAGUUGUACAGUUUGUGGACUACAAAGUUCGUUACCGGCCCGAACUGGACCUUGUCCUGCAGGGUAUCUCAUGCACCAUUAAUAGCAUGGAGAAGGUUGGUAUUGUCGGCAGGACGGGUGCUGGAAAGUCCUCACUCACCAAUUGCAUCUUUCGGAUCAUUGAGUCGGCGGGUGGCAAGAUUAUGAUCGAUGGGCUGGACAUUGCAAGCAUUGGCCUUCAUGACCUACGCCAAAAACUGACCAUUAUUCCACAGGAUCCUGUCUUGUUUUCUGGCAACUUAAGGAUGAAUCUGGAUCCAUUCAACCAGUACACAGAUGAGGAUAUCUGGAAAGCCCUUGAACUCUCCCAUCUCAAGCCAUUUGUGGAAGGGCUUCAGGAGAAACUUUUCCAUGAAGUGAGUGAAGGUGGAGAGAACCUCAGCGUUGGCCAGAGACAACUUGUAUGCCUUGCUCGGGCUUUGCUUCGGAAAUCUAAGAUCCUAAUUCUAGAUGAAGCCACGGCUGCUGUAGAUUUGGAGACGGAUAAUUUAAUCCAGAGGACGAUUCGAAGCGAGUUUGCAGACUGCACAGUCCUGACUAUUGCGCACCGGUUGCACACCAUUAUGGACAGCAGCAGGUUAAUGGUGCUGGAUGCCGGGAAGAUCAUAGAAUUUGGAAGUCCAGAUGAGCUUCUUCAGCGCCAGGGACAUUUCUUUUCUAUGGCCAAGGAUGCUGGCAUUGAUAGCACUCAAAGUACCAUACUAUAAAUAUGGGAAAGAAGACACCAAAAUACUUUUAUUUGGGAGACUUUAGAAGAGGUUUCGUAGUACCAACUGGUACUGGAGCAUUCAGAGAGGCUCUGACACAGACUAACCUAUGGCUGCAGCAGCUAAGAAGGUUCUGAUUGCUCUUUAGACUGAAUAAAGGGCUCCGGAUGCCGGCCUGAUGGAGCAGUCCCACUGCAAGUUAAUGCACCUGCUUCUUGCUGCAGGGUAACCUUGUAACCAAAGCUAAAUCUUUCUUUCUAAUCUAAAUGAUCACAGAAGGAUUUUUUUUAGUAAACUAUGUAAUUUACUCAUGCUACGGGAAUUGUAUCAGGAGCAUUAUAAAGGCAGUGAUGCCCUUCCAGUUUAUACUUGAAUGUACAUAUAUAUAUAUAUUUGUUGACACAUACCUUAAAUUAAAUAGACAUUUUGGCAAAAAAAAAAACAGUACAUCAAUGCAAAGCCCCUUAUUUUCAUGAAGGAUUUCUCACAGUUGGAAUUCAUGACAAUGGUAGUCCCUGGCAAUGUAGGGAAGCUGGGGCCCUUCAAAUUGAUAGGUCUUACUACAUUUACUAGUGCUAAACCAAAUAGUCCAUAAUGGGAAAUUGAAAACCAGUGCAUAUACAGUUAAUUGAAAUACUGUUCAAUAUAUGUUUAACAUGGGAUUACACUCUAUGUAUACUGACCAAACAGUGACCCGUGGACCCACACCUGCAGCCUAGAGACCCAACUGAAGAGAUCGCCACUGCUGUGUAUGCCAACACCAUUAAUUUUCUUUUAUGCACAUAUUAGGCAUCAACCAUUUCAUGUAAAGGUGAGAUCAGGGCAAGAACUGCAAUUGGCAUAAGGGCUGGCAUGUUCGUAAACAUGGGAAAAUCCAUGGAGAUUACAUCACACAGUCCUACUCCUGAAAAGGCUUUUACAUAUGAUGUGCGUCCACAGCAAGUUUUACGUGGGGAAGGGGGUAGUAGGUUACAAGUAAUUCUUUUACUGAUAUUUUGUUUUUCAAUGCAAAAAUGCCCUACAUUUGUCUGCACCGAGGCCAAUGAAAUGUACAGAGACAUGAAUGGAUGCCAGCAGAUUGGCUGUUACUGCAUUUAUACACAGGCCGAGAAACAGCGCACAUGUCGCAAUAGCCUUAGAGCAACACACAUUGCAUUAGGGAAGAAAAAUACCUGCAUUAUUUAGCAGAGACAUUAAUUUGAUUUUUCCCACAGUUGUGGGAAAGUUCAGGUUCCUCAUCAGAAACUUUAGGUAAAGUUAUUUGUCAGCCCUCACCCCCCACGAAGAGAAGCAUGUAGUACAAACAUUUUUGCCCAUGCCUCUCGUGUGUACUACGCAAACGAUCAACUAGCAGGUAGGUAGGUUUUUCUGAGAUAAAAGGUAAAGCUUGAUGUGGAGGUGCCACUAUGAUACACACUCAUAAACUAUAGAGGAAACUGGCCCUGCAAAUGCUGGGGGGACUGAUAAGCAGCUGCAAUAUAUGUUUCUGGAAAAUGUCUUGUUCCUAAAGUAUAGGAGAACAAUGCUGUUGCUGUGGGGCCCAAUAACCAGACAUUCCCCUGCUGAAAAGUACAUGUAGGAGACAUAUAAUUCAGCAAAUAUAUCCCAAUAUAAACAGCAGAUGUUACUCUUUAAUAAUCAGUUCAUAAAAAGUUCAUUAAUGUGCUUGAGGAACAGGGAUGUUUGCCCUAAAUUUAAUCCUUACCUGAAGUUUAAUCCUUGCUUGAUUCUCAACAUCCUUCAUCUGACAAAGGUUGAAUUGUCCGCCCAAAAAGGAAAAUUUUCUGGCCAAAUAAAUUAAAAUAAAUUAAAGUAAAGCACCAUUUUAACUGCAUUUUGUGCUGGUGGUUUCUAUUCUGUUCUUAACUGUUUGUACCUGCAGCAACUAAUUAAAGCACACACACAAAUAAUAACAGAACUAGAGGUUUAUUGCUGCUGUGUAUCACCGCACAGAAUAAAGGACUUGUCUUUCUUUGCUGAAACACAGCCUCCCCAUUUUAGCAAUGAAAAAAAAUACUCAAUAUAGAAAAAUACACAACCAUAUCAUACAGCUUUGUUCUAAAAGGAAAAGAAUAAGUCAAAAAGUACUUUCAUUUUCUAAAAAGGUGCCUAUUUAAAAUGUGCAAAUGCUACAUUGUAAAAAUGCAUGUAUGCCUAAAAAAAUAUAAUACAUUUCAAUGGAAUUUACAAAGAGAAGGCUGCCCAGAUGCAUCAGUAGUUAUUCCUUUUCCUUGUCUGCGGUCCUCCAGCCUUGGUCAACUCUAUUGGUGACUACAGGGCCACAGUUUUGAUCUCCCUGCUCCACUUGAUGCUUGUAUGAUACACACAGUAUAAAAUGUGUUAUUUCAUAGGAAUUUAUAUAUUUAUGUACAUGUCUCUUGCCUGGCUCCACUCACCCUGGAAGCUUGCAAGAUUCAUUUACACAGAAAUCUGUUCUGCUUUGCGAUUAAGUGCUUUGUGCCAAGAGUCCGACAGCUUAGAGACAGUCCCUCAAUCGGCUCAACAUCUGUUGAAUUCAAGGCAACAUAAACACCAAAGGUCUGGUUCCCCUACUGUUUCAGUACGUUUGAAAUGUAGUUUAUGUAGAUAAUACUGCUUGGCUUAUUGCAGGGUAGAGAGAAUGUUAACAAUAUGGUGGUAGAAUCUUACAAAUGGUGUGUUUCUUAUGCCUUAAACUUUAAACCUCAUUACAGAAUAUUAUAUAUAUAUAUAUAUAGUAGAACAAUGGUUAGACACUAGAUGCUGCCUCAUUGUAGAAUGUGUCUGUGGCCUUUAUGGAUAAAUAAACUGCAAAUGGAGUUUGAGAUUACAGAGGUCCUGCUUUUGGGCAUUUUCAGGUGGGCCUGAAAGCGUAUUGCACCCUGCCUUCCCAUGAUGCACAGCAGGCACAGCAGGUAUGAGAAUGAAAGAACAAUGGGGUAGAUGCAGAUUUACUGGUUACAUACAAAAAUAAAUUUAGCAUUUCCGUGGAUGUUAUUGUGGCUCCCUGUAACUAAAUGUUGUGCCCCAUGGAAAACGAUCUCCUGAUGCAAAAACAAUGCAGCCUGACAAAUUUGACGCACGUGUGGAUACCUGGUUAGCUGCACACAUUAAUGGAGAAGGACACAAUGAAACAGAUGAUAAUGGUGGCACACAAGGCUAGGAAAACCAUUGUGUUAAACAACCAGACACACAUAUCCUACAAGGUUCUCUCAUAGUGGAACCGAAGGAAUGCUUAGUGAGUAACUGGAUUAAAUAAUCAUAAUGAGCACCCCAAACCAUUCACAUUAUGUCACUGUAAGCGGAUAUUUGUUCUUUGUGGUUCCUCGCCGGCACUGCACUGAAGCCACACAUACAGCAGAAUUCCCUAUACUGCAAUGAAUAAAA